AUGGCGUCACGACCUGCUAAGGUACGCAAAGAGGAAGAGAUUACCCUUUCAGAAAAAGACGUGGUACGAUUACAUCACCCUCAUAAGGAUGCACUCGUCAUUGCGGUUGAAAUAGAUUGGUGCGAAGUCCACAGAAUGUUAGUGGAUAAUAGGAGUGCCGUAAACAUCCCAUUUCAGCAAGCAUUCGAGGAAAUACAAUGGGACGAGGUAGGUCUGAAGCUUGCCUCUAUCGCCCUCUCUGAUUUUAGUAGGGAUCAUUUGAUUCCCAAGGGAACAAUUGCACUUCUUGUUAUUUUGGGUGAGACCCACGAAGUGACUAAGAUGAUAAAGUUUCUGACGAAAUUUUCCACUCCGAUGGGGUGUAGGGAGGUCAAAGGGUCUCAACGUGAAUCUCGCGACUGCUAUGUAAGAGUAGUGCAGAUGACAUGCAAAGGAAAAGGGAAGCUAGUGGGUGUUCCCGAGCAGGCUAUGACGAUCAACAGGAUUGAACCACAGCUAGGUCCAGUGGAAGAUAAUAUAGACCCUCAUGUUCAGGAGGAGUAUUCCUACAGUGGGCCUGUUGAGACUCUAUCUGAGCCGAAUAUAAUAUGUCAUGCACUUAACAUUGAUGGUGAGGUCAAGCCAGUUUGCCAGAAGAAAAGAGCCAUAGACCUAGAACGAUAUGCUGCUCUUAAGAUUGAGGUGGAUAAGCUCCUCUCAAUCGGGUUCAUUCGGAAGACUCGUUACCCGAGUUGGGUCACCAAUCCUGUUUUGGUGAAAAAACCCAACAGCAAGUGGUGA